CAAAAUUAUUACAUUUACAUAUACUACAAAGUGCUACAAGUUUGUGAAAUGUGAAUAUGUUUUGAUUAUGUUAAAAUUAAGAUUUCACAAAACCUUUUGAAACAUUAUUCAAGAUAAAAGCUUAAAAGUGAUACAAAAUAUUUUAAGUUUCCCAUGGUUCACUAGCCAUGGGCUGUCUAACUUGGAUACGAGGCCUGAAGAUUACAUUCCCGUUCAAGGACAAGGAGCUAAAUAAAAUUGCAGCAUUUUUCAAUAGCUGCACAUUUCUACUGACAUGUGCUGCAUUAGUUCAGCCGAGUUGGUUUAGAAUAAAAGGAUUGCAUUGUACACAGAGCCUAUCACUAACACAGUUCUUCAGCUUUGAUGAUGAUGAUGACGAUGACUCAGAAAUAAGAAUAAAUCAGAACAAUGGAUAUGAUUUGAAUGACCUACCUCCGUGCACUACACCAGAAGUUAUAACCCUGAUGCGAGUCCUGAUACUGCUGUGCUUCAUGGUGUUGCUGUGUUCCUGUGUGGGAGUGGUCAUCAACAUAACUAGUCUCAACAACAGGACAAUCAAAAUGCUGAGAAGGAAUGCUGUUCCGAGCAUCAUAUGUGUGUUCUGGGUCAUCGCUAUAGUUGGCGUGUGCUACCUCACGACUGUUGUGUUGGGAAGUGUUAGUGGUAGCGAUCCUAAUACCAUACAAGUUGAUUAUGAAUACGAGUUCUACACUAUUACAGGAGCCGGUUGUAUGGCGCUCCUAGCAUCUGCUGCUAAUUUAUGGGGAGCUCCGUUAGCCAGCGACGAUGACGUUCAAAGACGAAACCUUAUGGAAGACUGGGAUGGAUAUGAAGCCCAUAGUGUUGGACCCACGCCUUCUGUUCCAACUCUCCCGCCUUACACACCUAGCGACAACUACCUGCCUACAAACCCACCCUUCACGACGCCAGUACUUGGUGCUCAGCAAUACUUUCCAUUCGAUGAUCUUUCUGUGUUACCUCCCCCGCCUCCCUAUACGCCAUGAGCUAAGUUCCAAAUACGAAGGUUAAUGACAAUAAGUCUCUUAAAAUAUAAACGUUAUUCAUUAAGUUUCAGUUAUAUGCCAUUUAUAGCAACUUGAAUUUUAUUAUAUAAUUACAUUUAAGGUGAGAUAGUAACACCGCAAGUAUAGCGUAAUAGUCCAUUAUGCUUCAUAUAAGAGUGCUAUAUCGGACAUUACACAUGUGUACUACCUGAUCCGCGCGAUAAGGGAGCCGAGAGUGUAAAAAUUAAUACACGUCUGACGUAUGACGAUUUACAAAUAACAGAUGAGAAAAGGUUAUUGAGACCAGGGCACUUCGAUAUACAGCCAAUAAAAUAUUGGUUAAAAAAGUAUGAAGUAAUUUCAUGAAAUUUUUAUUGUUAUUUAUAUUUUCAAGAAAAUUUAUACAAUUUGAAGCCACUUUUUGUUGGUUUAAAUACACCAUUAAAAGAUCAACUUGAUCGGCACAUCUUGAAACACGAUUAUGUACUCGCGUAUUUAAAGCGAUGUAAUACAAAAUAAUUGUGUUAGCUAAAGCAAGUGUGAUGAAAAUGUAUGUUGUAUAAAUGUUAAGUCAUGUUAAUAUUGUUUCGCCAACUAGAUUACGCAACACAGGCUUGCCAUUUAUGAGAAAUGUUAAAAUAGCCACAAUUUGUGACCGAUAAUAAUAAAAACCAAAAUAUUGUUGUACUUGCUGUCUCGACAGACAUUGUUCUGAUCAAAAAAAAAUAAAUAUCUAAACGUGGCAGUGUGCGACCUGUCUCUUAUUGCCAAGCAACUGACAGUUACCUAUUUCAAAUAACACAGGGGCUAAGGUUACAUUAAAAAAUUUUGUAAAAAAGGUACUCGCUAAGUUUUAAUUUUUUUAUGUUACUGCGCAAUUUUCGUAUUUUUUUUUUUGAUGUAAGAACCUUUUACGAAGUGUUAGAAAAAAUUAAAAAAAAACGAAAGAUAUCGGUAAAACAUUUCUCAAGUUAUACCGUGACCAGAAGAAAUAAGGUUACAUUUAUAUUAUAUAGAUUUUAUAUAUACAGAUGUAUAUUUCACUUCAGUUAUGUUUAACCAAAAAUUAACUGAGGUGAAUAAAGAAACGAAUAAUUGUCUGGUAAUGACUUUAUAACUGCGGUGGAUAAGUAUCGUACUACGAAGGAGUUCAAUUUCGUAGUAUAAUACCUAUAUAACAGCUACUCGUAAGGCCCGUUAUACACUAAAGCGGAGAGGAGAGGAGACGAAAAGAGAUAAGCCGCGAAGUUGUCAAGUUAUUUCCACCAAAGCGGAGAGCUGUGCAUAGCGGAGAUUUGAGCUGUGAGAGCUGGCAAUUCCACAAAAAAAUGAGACAUCUCUCCUCUCCUUUCAACUGAAACUAAGCGGAGAGGAUAUGUGGAAAUAAGGAAAUCGGAAACGGUUUGUUUAGCAAAAUACAUCUCCUCUCCGCUUGAGUGGACACCGGGCCUAAGUGUGUCGUGUAAAGAGGACGAGUGGUGAUCGGAGCAAUCAGCAGGUUUGUGGCUUGCAUCGCCAACGGUCUAUGUGACGAUCUCUAGUUGUACGCAGGGUGCAUAUAUCCCAGGCCCUAAAUUUCCUUGCUUGAGGCUAUAUAAUAAAAAUAAUAACUUAACUGAAUAUAUUAAUUAUAAUUCCACUGAGCAAUAAUAAGCCUUAUAGUGGUAGCAUGUUAAUAAUUAUUGUGAUUAGCUUAGCUAGAAUCUCGUUGUGAUGAAUCUGCGGUCGGUGUGACCGGCAUACUUCAUUGACUCGAGGCUCACUCGGUCACCCCAAAGUUUAUUUAAAAUUAAUGCGCUAAUCUCGCAGCAUGUUGUCAUUUAUUAAUUCAAUUUCAUUGGUGCAUCAAUUUCAAGUAUUUUUAUUCAAGGUCGCACCACUUCAUAUUUACAAUUACUAACACCCCUUAUUCAUAAUGGUCCGCUAACUUUAAACAGCCGCUUAGGAGUGUUUUUUCUCAUUCUGACUUAGGUCAAUAGAAUAAGACAGUGAGAAUUAGCAAUGCUUUAAGUAAGCAGACUAUUAUGAAUAAUAAAUCUUUAUAAAUUACAAAGCAAUAUAUCGUUUUUACUUUCAGUUCGCCUUCGGCAUUAUACUUGUGAUAUUUGCUUAAUAAUAAGAGCUAUAACACAAGUAGAUAUGACAAUGAACAAGUAAUGAUAUACGUCGCACGCACGCAACGAAUCGUAAAUUGUCACCCGCAGAGUGUACGUAGUAGUCGUACGUACAUCGUACACCGAACUGCCUCGAUAUUACGUGCAUCGGCGGAAUAUGUGACUUUAUAAUAUUAAAUGGUGCUUCGGCCGAAAUUAUGGUUUAAUGUCCAGUGGUUCGGCUGAGAGUGUGUUAACGUUUUUAAUUGAAUGGUUAAUCCUGUUUAGAUUCUAACUAAUUUAUAUAUUUUUUUAAAGUAAUUAAAUAUACCCAAAUUCUUUAUUUAAUACUAUGCCCUAACGGGACACGAAUCCUCUAAUAUUAAAUAAUAUGUAUAUAAAUGGUUGUGAGACUGCUUGUGAAUUAAAUAUUAUUGGCCAUUACAGGAGAAAACACAAGUUACGACAUUGCAAGCCAACUGCUAAAACUAGCAAACUAUUCAGUAGUAUGUGUUAUAAAUUUACAACACACGUGACUGUUAAUAGAUCGCUUACAACUUUGGGCUAAAGUAACCCUUACUACAUAUUACUGAUACGGAGGAAAACUUUAACAAUUCCUUGCAUAUUAUGUUCAUAGUGGAAAUUUAAAAUAAUAGAAGACACCUUAAAGUGUUGGCUGAAAUGUUAGAAAAUUAAAAUACCAGUCGAGUAUCAAACGUCAUAAUUUAUACAAAAAAAAAUAUAAUAAUUAUAUUUAUGGAUUUAAAUAUUUCUUAAUAAAAAUUGGCUAUGUAGAGGUUGAUAAAAUAUGAUCUGCAUCGAAUAUUUAUAAAUCUGCUGUAUAUUUCGUGUUACCAAAAACUUGUUAAACAUUACUUAUAAAGUAGUUAGUAUUAUUUGUAAAUUACAUUUAUGUAAUAAUGAGUUGUUCUAGCUAGUAAAUAAAACAAUAUUUUUACAAUCGAGAGAGUAGAAUUUUAUUUUAUGUAAGACCAAUGUAUAAUACAUAUCGAAUAAUAAAUA